ACUGGUGGGGUGGGGAAUUAUGCAUGGGUGUGAAUGCUAGGAGGUACAGAGAUCACGGAGGCCACUUUAGAGUCUGUUUGCCCUAAACAUCUAGUCUAAUAUGUCUUCAGCACCCUGAGCCAUGCAUGACACAUACUAAGCUCUAAUAUUUGAAUGAAUGGAUAUAGUGUGACUAUUAUGUUUCCAGCUCCUAGUUUAAGCCUUUUGCUUCACUUCUCUUCUGUUUCAGAGUUACUGAUUUAUUCUUGAGAAUCCUCUGCUCUCAUCUGUCCUCAUGGAUGAACUUCAGGAUGUUCAACUCACAGAGAUCAAACCACUUCUAAAUGAUAAGAAUGGUACACGAAACUUCCAGGACUUUGACUGUCAGGAACAUGAUAUAGAAACAACUCACGGUAUGGUCCACGUCACUAUAAGAGGCCUACCGAAGGGAAACAGACCAGUUAUUCUGACAUAUCAUGACAUUGGCCUCAAUCAUAAAUCCUGUUUCAAUGCAUUCUUUAACUUUGAGGAUAUGCAGGAGAUCACCCAGCACUUUGCUGUCUGUCAUGUUGAUGCCCCAGGCCAGCAGGAAGGUGCACCCUCUUUCCCAGCUGGGUACCAGUAUCCGACAAUGGAUGAGCUGGCCGAAAUGCUGCCUCCUGUUCUCACCCACUUAAAUCUGAAAAGCAUCAUUGGGGUUGGAGUUGGAGCUGGAGCUUACAUCCUCAGCAGAUUUGCGCUCAAUCACCCAGAGCUCGUGGAAGGUCUCGUGCUCAUUAACAUUGACCCUUGUGCUAAAGGCUGGAUUGACUGGGCAGCUUCCAAACUCUCGGGCUUGACAACCAAUGUUGUGGACAUAAUUUUGGCUCAUCACUUUGGGCAGGAAGAGUUGCAGGCCAACCUGGACCUGAUUCAAACCUACAGACUGCAUAUUGCCCAAGAUAUCAACCAAGAAAACCUACAGCUCUUCCUGGGUUCCUAUAAUGGACGCAGAGACCUAGAGAUCGAAAGACCCAUUCUGGGACAAAAUGAUAACAAAUCAAAGACAUUAAAGUGUUCUACUUUAUUGGUGGUAGGUGACAAUUCACCUGCAGUUGAGGCUGUGGUUGAAUGCAAUUCUCGCCUGAAUCCUGUAAAUACAACUUUGCUAAAGAUGGCAGACUGUGGUGGACUACCCCAAGUAGUUCAGCCCGGGAAGCUCACUGAGGCCUUCAAGUACUUUUUGCAGGGAAUGGGCUACAUCCCGUAUGUGCAGCUCAGUCACCUGAGCACCGAGUCAGUCCCAUCUGCCAGCAUGACCCGGCUCGCCCGAUCACGGACCCACUCCACCUCAAGUAGCAUCGGCUCUGGAGAAAGUGCCUUCAGCCGAUCUGUCGCCAGCAAUCAGUCAGAUGGAGCUCAAGAGUCCUCUGAGUCUCCUGAUGUUCUGGACAGACACCAGACCAUGGAGGUGUCCUGCUAAGCAGAUGCUCCUCCCCCGGACCAUGCAAGUCCACCCUCCUUCAAACAACCACACUCCAUAAUAUAACACUUCAUCCAGCAAACUGGCAUCUAUCUUUAAGUCUUGCAUGGCCACUGACUCUCUCUUUCUGGCAUCUUGGAUUAAUCAUCCUCUCUGCCUGCCCACCCCCUUUUUGUAUGUACCAAGAACCACUUCCAUGCCAUUACUGUAGCAUUCCAACAUCUUCAGCUGGUCAGAUCUCCAUAUCUUCUCUUGCCAGCUCUUUCCUGUGCUUUCCCAACUAUGUAGCUAAGAUUGUUUGAUCCUGAUGUAUGUGUGUGAGCACGCGUGUCUGUGUUCGUGUGUGCAUAGUUCUGUGAUUUUAGAUAGGCUUUCUUGUAGAGCUUCUGCAAAAAACAAACAAAAAAAGGGACUCUUUUUUUGCAUUUUCAGUGGUGUUUUUAGGGGAAAUAUGCAGAACAGGUUUCUAGGUUGGGUAGGCCAUUGCAUUCUCUUUCGCUUCCAUAUUGGUCAACAAGAUCUGCAAAGUGACUUCAGGAGAGAGCAGUUCUGAGGAAUGUGGAAGAUCAUAAUUCCUGUUUGGAUUGUUGGCUGUGACCAACGGAAGGGAGGCUGUUACAUAGAGAAGCAGGCCAGGUGGCCAGCCACCUUCUCCUCUCCAAAUGAAUUCACAUAUACUAUUCUGUGAAUAAAAGGGAGGGAUAUGUUCUCUUAGAAGCCCAUGGAUGAUGAGGUUCUGAUGCAAUGUGAAGUUUUUCCCAAGGAGUGAGUGUGGCUUAAUCACUGGGCUUUUUUAGCAUAGGAAGGGGAAAACGAAAUUCCAGGCCUCUGCUCUGUCAGAACAAAACUGAGUCUCUGCAGUGUCUGAUACCACAUACCAGACGUCUGCAGGAAGCGCCACCCAGGAGGAACACUCUCCAUCCCUCAACUGCCCCAGAAGGGAGAGGUAUAGCCUGAAAAUUAUAUAGAUGAUGAGGAAAUGGCUGGGGAGGGAGGAACAGUGUAGACUUGAUUUCAGCAGACUUAAUGGAAGCUAAAUGAAAUUCAGAUAAAACCCAUUUCUCAGAAAGUUAUUCCUGUGAACUCCCUUUUGUAGGAGGGAAGGGGCCAAUCUGUAAGGGCAGCCUGUCCAGGUAGAAUUUUGUUCAGUCCGCUGCUAUGUGAUGGCGUCACAGCCACCCAGAGAGUAUCACCAGGAGGAGGGUGAAAGCAACUGCCACCCAGUAAGGGCCCAGCUUUGAGGGUACUGAGAUGUUACAUAGAGAAGGGUUGCACAGUUCUGAUCUUAGGAAGGGGCUUUUCAGAUGUAGCAUUUGCUUUCUGCUGAGAUACGGAAUGUGUUACUCUGUCAGAGGACAACUUUUUACGGAUGAUGAAAUAAAGCUGUAUUUGUCUCAUUGUUACCCAGUGGCUGGUGUGACUUCUCUCAAGCCACUUCCUGGGGCUCAGGGGUACCGAGUGACUGCGUGUGGGUUCCGUGCUGGGCAUACUCACAUACCCGAUGAUUAUCCACUCAGCGACACUGUCCAUUUAAAGUGAGGAAACCAAGACCCAGGAUAAAUAAUUUGCCUGAGGUCAUACCAGUAAGCCAGCUGAGAUUGAACCCUGAGUCCAUCUGACAUGCCUAUAUUCCUCUCAAACCGAAAACCUGACCGUGAGAAGCCUGACCAUGAGGU